AGGAUAUAAUGGUAAAAGAAAUCGAUAGCAAAUCUGAUCUAUUGGAAGAGGAAACAAUAUCAAUACCUGCUGAACAUCGUUCAUUUCCUGAUCAAUAUUCAAAUGGUAUACCAACUGUAUUUAUGAAAAAUAAAAAUUUCUAUCAAAAUAAUAAUAUGAAUAAUAAUAAUAAAUUACCAUCAAUGGAUAUAAAUAAUCAAAAUGAAUUAUGGCCAAUGGUACGGCCAGAAUCAUCAAUGAUUAAGACAAUCAAUGUUAAAUGUGAAAAAAAUCAAAUGAAAGUUAAUAUUGAAUUUGAUCGACCAUUUAAUGGUGUUAUUUUUAGCAAAGGAUAUUAUAGCGACCCAAAAUGUAUACAUUUGCCUGCAGGAUCCGGAAAAUUACAGGCAAAUUUUGAAAUCUAUCUUGGAUCAUGUGGAAUGGCAAGUAGUGAAAAAACAAAUCUUCCAGCACCAUCUUCAUCAUCACUGGGUUUAUUUAUUGAAAAUACAAUCAUUAUACAAUAUGAUCCACAAGUACAAGAAAUAUGGGAUCAAGCAAGAAAAUUACGUUGUACUUGGUAUGAUUUUUAUGAAAAAUCAGUUACAUUUCGUCCAUUCAAUGUUGAUAUGUUGGAUGCGGUGACGGCAAAUUUUUUGGGUGAUAAUAUUCAAUGUUGGAUGCAAAUACAAGUUGGUAAAGGACCAUGGGCUAGUGAAGUUGCUGGGAUUGUUAAAAUCGGACAAACAAUGACAAUGGUAUUGGCCAUCAAAGAUGAAGAAAAUAAAUUCGAUAUGUUGGUUCGAAAUUGUAUUGCACAUGAUGGUAAACAUCAACCAAUUCAAUUGGUUGAUGAAUAUGGUUGUAUAGUACGGCCGAAAAUUAUGUCCAGAUUUCAACGAGUGAAAAAUUUCGGUCCAUCCGCAACGGUUGUUUCAUAUGCAUAUUUCAAAGCAUUCAAAUUCCCUGAUUCAAUGAAUGUACAUUUUCAAUGUGUCAUACAAGUUUGUCGUCAUGAAUGUCCACCUGCUAAUUGUGAAGGUGAUGAUUAUGGUAACAACGGUGGUAAAGAUGAUAAUCGAAAAUUUUUAAAUCGUUUUGGUGAAAUAGCAACAACAACCGUAUCAACAAUAUCGCAUCAUGCUAGUCAACAACAACCAUUAUUGCGACCAAAUCAAUCGCUAACAUUGAAUGCAAUUGGUGCUAUGCCCAGAUCGCUUAAUCUAAACAAAUUGAAACGAAAGAAAAAAUCAAUAAAUUCCUAUACAGAUUAUCAAGCUGAUGAUAAUGUUGAUUCUGAUAAAUUAAAUACUUCAACCGAUGUUAAUACGGAAAAAAUAAUUAAGGUUGUUGCACCAGGUGAUGUUGCUUUUUCGUUACCGCUGACCAAUAAUAAUAAUAAUAACGGUAAUGGUUAUGGAUCUAUGGAUAAUUUCAUACCGAUAACCGAUGAAACAAUUAAUGAUUCAACAAGUUUAAUUUGUAUACCUGCAACUGGUUUUAUUAUAAGUAUUGUUUUAUUUACAUUACUUUUGAUGAUUACCUGUGCUGUUACAAUUAUAUUAGUUAUUCGUUUAAAAAAUAUAACAUCAUCUAAUUUAAUUAAAAAACAACAACAACAAUGUUCAAAACAACAUAUUUGUAAUGAUAAUUUACAACAACAACAACAACAACCACAACAAUCGUUACCAUAUUAUCUUACAAUGAAUGUUUCAUAAAUUUGAUUGAUUUUUCAUUUUUCUAUUUUUAUUAAUUAUAAAAAUUGUCGUUGAAAGCCAAAUUAUCAUUGUAAUUGAUUU